AUGACUCGGUGAAAAAUGGAUUCUCUGGAUCACAUGCUCACUGACCCAUUAGAGUUGGGGCCAUCUGUAGAAGGCAAUGGCACCCAAAUCAUGGAGGAUUGUAUGCUGGGAUCCAUAAGAGUCAGCCUGCCGGAAGACCUCCUGGAAGAUCCUGAGAUCUUUUUUGAAGUUGUCAGUUUUUCAACGUGGCAGGAAGUGCUGGUGGAUUCACAGCGAGAACACUUGAAAAAAUUUCUGCCCCACUUCCCUGAAAACAACGCCGAGUACCAGAACAACCUUAUUCUGUCUCUGUUCAGUGGAGAGAACUUCCGCUUUGGAAAUCCCCUGCAUAUUGCCCAGAAGCUCUUUCGAGACGGGCACUUCAAUCCGGAAGUGGUGAAAUAUCGACAGCUUUGCUUCAAGUCCCAGUACAAGCGCUACCUGACUUCCCAGCAACAGUACUUCUACCGCUUGUUGAAGCAAAUCCUUGCCUCCCGAAAUCACCUGUUAGAACUGGCUAGGAAGGGUGGUCCCGACCUAAUCCUGAAGAGAAGACACUCGGCCGCUGCCUGUGCUGCAGAGGCCCGGGACAGGCGGACUCAUCAGCGAUACUUGAAAAUCCUCCGGGAGGUGAAAGAGGAAUGUGGAGACACAGCUUUGUCCUCUGAUGAAGAAGAUCUAAGCUCCUGGAUUCCAACUUCUCCAGCACAUUGUCCAAGUCCCGCUGUUUCUCUCAGAGUGAUCCCCACUUUAUCAACCCAAGACAUGAAAACAGCAGAUAAACUGGAAUUUGGUGAGAACGAUCUGAAGAUGAUGCUGAAGAAGCACCAUGAGAAGCGCAAGCGCCAACCUAACCACCCGGAUUUAAUGUCAGGGGACUUGACGCUGAAUGACAUCAUGAUGCGUGUGAAUGCUGGCAAGAAGGGGUCUUUGGCAGCCUUGUUUGACCUCGCUGUACUCAAAAAGAAGGUGAGGGAAAAGGAAGAAAGAAAGAAAAAGAAGCUGAAAGUGAUUAAAUCGGAAGUAGAAGAUUUGUCUGAGUCCUUGGGCAACCCUGAAGGGAUUCCACCCAUGUCUCAGGAUCCAUCUCCUCUGCCACUUUCAUCUGUCAAAGAAGAGCCUCUUGAAGACAUCAAGCCUUGCCUUGGAGUAAAUGAAAUCUCCUCUAGUUUCUUCUCUCUGCUUUUGGAGAUUCUGCUCCUCGAAGGACCUGCUACUCUCUCAGUGCUUGAGGAUAAAGUCAUGGACUGGCAGUCUUCCCCCGCCAGCACGCUAAACAGCUGGUUCUCCUUUGCCCCCAACUGGUCCGAACUCGUCUUGCCGGUCUUGCAGUAUCUCACGGGCGAGAGCAGAGAUACUCCUUCCAGUUUUUCUCCAUUUGUUGAAUUCAAAGAGAAGACCCAGCAGUGGAAACUAAUAGGCUCUUUUCAAGACCACGAGAAGGAACUGGCAGCGCUCUUCCAGCUGUGGUUGGAGACCAAAGACCAAACGUUUUUCAAGGAUAACGAAGACAGCUCUGAUGCCACCACACCCGUCCCUCGAGUAAGGACUGACUACGUGGUCCGGCCUAGCACUGGGGAAGAGAAACGCAUCUUCCAGGAACAGGAGCGUUAUCGAUACAGCCAGCCUCACAAAGCCUUCACGUUCCGCAUGCACGGCUUUGAAUCGGUGGUAGGUCCGGUGAAGGGCGUAUUUGACAAAGAAACAUCUCUGAACAAAGCUCGAGAACAUUCUCUGUUGCGUUCAGACAGGCCUGCGUAUGUCACCAUCCUGUCUCUUGUUCGUGAUGCUGCAGCUCGUCUCCCUAAUGGAGAGGGAACACGCGCUGAGAUCUGUGAACUGCUUAAGGACUCGCAGUUUCUGGCCCCUGAUGUCACUAGCGCUCAGGUUAACACCGUUGUGAGUGGCGCGCUGGAUCGACUGCACUACGAGAAGGAUCCCUGUGUAAAGUACGACAUCGGCCGCAAACUGUGGAUAUACCUGCAUCGAGACAGGAGUGAAGAGGAGUUUGAGCGGAUUCAUCAGGCCCAUGCCGCUGCCGCGAAAGCCAAAAAAGCCCUCCAGCAGAAGCCCAAACCUCCUGCAAAGACAAAAUCCAGCUGCAAGGAGAGUUCGGUGAAAGUGGCCAGUGGUAACACCUCUGAGCCGAGCCAGCUGAGCCUCAGCGACUCCAGCAUGCCUCCUACCCCAGUGACACCCACGGCCCCUCAGUUGCCGGCAAUGCCCGUUUCCCCACCCCCGGUCUCCGUGGUCAGCAAAAGUAUGCCGAGUGUUACUCCAGAGCAAGCGAAACCCAACCAAAGCAUCCUUCUGGUGUCUUCUCCUACCAUGCCGCAGCUUGGGACGUUGCUUUCCACCACGCAGAAUACCACCCAGACUCAGGCUGGCCCUCCGCAGCCCCCCUCUCGGGCAGCUGGCCACACCGUCUCCUCUGGACUCCCGCAGGUCCGAGUGGUCACGGCCCAGGCCAGCCUGCCAGCUGUAUCUCAGCCGGCCCCAACGAUAGCGCAGCCGCAGCAGCCACUGCCGCCAACAUCUGUACCGCAGAUCCGCAUCCCUGCCACUUCCGCGCAAAGCAAAGUCCUGCCUCAGGGUGUUAUGACUGUCCCGGUGAAAGCUCAAGCCAACCCAGUCCAGGUGCAACGGCCAGUCGUUUCAGUAACGGGGCCAGCCCCUGUUGCUGGGACAGGGAUUUCUGCAGCGCCCAGUCCCGCCCCAAAGCCAGCCACUAGUUCCCCAGGCAGCUCUACGCCCAACUCCUCUGCGACUUCCUCCUCUUCCACCUCUUCCUCCUCCUCUUCAUCCACCGCUGUCCUCCAGAAUGUCGCCGGCCAAAAUAUCAUCAAGCAGGUGGCCAUUACUGGACAGCUCGGCAUGAAAAACCAGCCUGGCAGCGGCAUCCCGCUGGCCACCUCCAACUUCCGUAUCCAGGGCAAGGAUGUGCUGCGCCUGCCUCCCUCCUCCAUCACCACUGACGCCAAGGGGCAGACUGUCCUGCGCAUCACCCCGGACAUGAUGGCGACCCUGGCCAAGUCCCAGGUCACCACUGUCAAACUGACUCAAGACCUCUUCUCCGCUGCUGCCGGAAGCGCGUCCACCGGGAAAGGCAUCUCAGCGACUCUGCACGUCACCUCCAGCCCCAUCCAGUCUUCUGACUCGCCCGCCAAGACCAGCGCUCCCAGCUCGGCUUCGCCAAGCCCGGCAGGGCCCACGGUGGUCAAAGUGACUCCUGACUUAAAGACGAUGGAAUCCACCAGCUCAGCAUUCAGACUGAUGCCUGCCCUGGGCAUGACCAUGGCUGACCAAAAGGGCAAAGUCAUGACCACCGUGGCAUCCACAGAAGCCAAGCCCGCCGCUACUAUAAGAAUCGUGCAGGGGGUGGGGGUCAUGCCCCCCAAAACCGGGCAAACCAUUACCGUUGCCACUCACGCCAAGCAGAUGUCCUCUUCGGCUGCGGUGAGUGUGCCAGGUACCGUCCACACGUCAGCUGUUUCUUUGCCGACCAUGACCGCUUCCGUGUCCAAGGCAGUUGCUGUCAUGUCGGGAGGAGCUGGGACACCCAUAACUAUAGGAACGGGAGCAACCACGAUGCGGCAAGUCCCAGUCAGCACCACCGUCGUCUCCACCUCCCAAGCGGGGAAGCUGCCUGCCCGAAUCACAGUGCCUCUCUCAGUCAUAAGCCAGCCCGUGAAAGGCAAGAGUAUGGUGACCGCCCCCCUUAUCAAGGGCAACCUUGGAGCCAACAUCAGCGGACUGGGUAGGAAUAUCAUCCUUACCACGAUGCCGGCCGGGACAAAACUGAUUGCUGGGAACAAGCCCGUCAGCUUCCUCACGGCGCAGCAGCUGCAGCAGCUGCAGCAACAGGGCCAGGCAACACAGGUGCGAAUUCAGACUGUCCCUGCUUCGCAUCUCCAGCAGGGCACAGUGUCCAGUUCUACCAAAACAGUCUCCACGGUGGUUGUGACCGCGGCGCCAUCUCCCAAACAGACACAAGAUCCACAGUGAAUGCAGCUGUGGAAGAUAA